GAUCUGGCAGUCGCUUCUCAGCAUUCUUCGCCUCUGGUUCGAAAUUUUCAGACCGAUCAGAACAGAAAUAUAAAGACAAGACCGAGUAAAGACCGAGGAACAGUACAGGGGAAGCGGUAGACUGAGGACAGAAGACAGAAGAACAGACAAACAGAAAAUAACAAAAAUCCAUUUCUAUAUACCCGACAUUCGACAUCGACAUCGACAUCGAGAUCGAGAUGUGUAUAUGAACGCAGUUCCUGCUCGUAGACCGGUCGACCAUAGUAGCAUCGUUGUGUUCCACAGUUCCAAAGUUCAGUGAGGGGACAAAAGAAGAAUCGAGGGUGGAGAAUCCAAAUCCGAAUCCGAAUUCGAGUCCUGCGCGUGGAGGAAAGAAUCAAGCCAAGAUUUGUUGUAAUGGUGCACAGGCGCUGGAUUUUCUGUGAGAGCGGCGAGGAUCCCAACUUCAGGAAGGAGCACUACGAGUAUACCCAAAGCCAGCACCGAUAAGUCCCAAUCCGAAACGCAAAACUACAUCCAAAUCCAAAUCUAAAUCCCCUCGAAAGAAGUCCAUUCAACUUGCUGCAAAUAUUUGUGCCAACGAUCUCAUUUGCAACCGCAAAAUAAUCAAAACAUAACAAAACAAAAAUAAAUUAAAACCAAAAAAAAAAAACAGCUACGAAAAACAAUUGAAGCGCGUGCAUAAUUGUUAAUAUACACAAAAAAAAAACAAAUUUCGGUGCUUUUUGUUUGUAUUUUUUAUUGUUUGGUUUUUUCUGUGCUACUCAAAAUCAAAUGUGAAGAAGAGAAUUGGAGAAUUGAAAACUCGAAGCGAGGAGAAGAGUGCGUGAGACAGAGAGCAAAAAGAGAGGAAGAUCAGCAGCGGCCAAAAAUCAUUUUCGAGUGAGUACACAGAAAAAAAAUAUUU